GGGGAGUUGCUGAGCCCAUGUCGAUGCGAUGGAUCGGUGAAGUGCACGCACCAGCCAUGUCUGAUCAAAUGGAUUAGCGAGAGAGGCUGCUGGAGCUGUGAGCUGUGUUACUACAAGUAUCACGUCAUUGCCAUAAGCACAAAGAACCCUCUGCAGUGGCAGGCCAUCUCUCUGACAGUCAUUGAGAAGGUUCAGAUCGCAGCAGCCAUCCUGGGUUCCCUCUUCCUCAUUGCCAGUAUCUCGUGGCUCAUCUGGUCGACCUUCAGUCCUUCGGCCAAAUGGCAGCGCCAGGACCUGCUCUUCCAGAUCUGCUAUGGAAUGUACGGCUUCAUGGACAUUGUCUGUAUAGGUCUAAUAAUACACGAAGGGCCCUCGGUUUACCGGAUUUUUAAACGGUGGCAGGCGGUCAAUCAGCAGUGGAAAGUGCUGAACUAUGACAAAACAAAGGACAUGGAGGAACAAAAAACAGGGACCAGGACAAAUCAGCGCCCCUCCUCCCAAACCACCCACUCGUCCUCCACUGGUGGUACAGCCACUAACUCCGCUCCAGCCGACAGCGGGGCACGGGCUGCCGGCCAUGCCACAGGCACCCUCUCUGACCACCACUGUGCUUAUACCAUCUUGCAUAUACUCAGCCACCUGAGGCCUCACGAACAGAGGAGUCAGUCUAGUAGUAACAGAGAGCUCGUCAUGAGGGUCACGACGGUCUGAGACGAGGAAUUCAGGAGGCCUUAACACGAAGCGGAGGAGACAAAGAACUCAUAAAGCAGAGGAGCAUGGUGUGCCUUUUUCUUUCUCUUUCCUUUUUUUCUUUUUUUCUUUUUUUUUCCCUCCUCUUCUUUUCUUUUUCGGUAACUGCACAAGUUAUAAGAGGUGGCACCUGGCCAGCUGAGGAAAAAAGCAGGUGGAGGGAGAGCUGCACACUCAUGCUAAAGAGGUUAAUGUUUUCCAGCCA